GUCACGUUACGCGCGCCAUUUUUUUUCUCGUCCGUCCGCUGCAAAAAAAACAAUCCAACGUGCGAGUACGGCGUGUCCGAAGUGGUUGUUAGUUUGUUUGAUAGUGAAUUUAAUACACUUGUUAUUGGAUAAAAUUUUUCACGCGACGUACUGAACUUGCGUGUGUAAAUUCUGUGAGAUUUUAAGUGACCGAGUAAGUUACUUAUAAACAUCGGCGUGGUGGACGUCCUCUGUGCACGGUCGAAAACUCGGACGGCGGCGGACCAAUAGGCACGCCGUCGGUGCCAUUCACGUUGUCCAAGCCAUGGACACGGCUAUAACUAUCAGAACUGAAGAUAGGUUUGACGAUUUACAGCAAUACGACCACGAGGACUUGAAUUAUUGCAGUUUGACGAACGCUUCAGAGGAAGGAGUAGACUCACCCCCGUCGGGGCUUACCCCUAUUGUUGUGAGCCACCGGACGCAGCAGAUGAGCGCGACGAUGGAACAUGAAAAAAGAAUGCGUCGAGAAAUCGCAAACUCAAACGAAAGGCGUCGAAUGCAAUCUAUCAAUGCAGGUUUUCAAAAUUUGCGUACUCUAAUUCCACACCAUGAAGGUGAAAAACUCAGCAAAGCCGCCAUACUUCAACACACGGCCGACUAUAUUUACCAGCUGGAACAAGAGAAAACGAGACUAUUGUCACAAAACUGUCAACUGAAAAGACUGGUGAGCAAGCAGGAAGGUGAACUGUUGAGCACGGCGAGCGUGCACAAGAAGCGCAAGUUAGAAGACCCUGCCGGCAUUGAUGAUGGAGGUAUGAUGAUAGAUGAAGUGACUGAACUGCGUGCACACUUAGAACGCGAACAGAGUCUUCGAGUGGAACUUGAAGAGCAGUUAAAAGACUAUGCAGCCCGGUUGGGUGAAACGUUUGUUGACACCAAAUCUAAGGAGAGUACUCAGACUACAAUCCAAUACCAUAACACAAAUACAUGUGUGGUCGGUGAAGAAGCCGGCAUGGAAAUUAUUGAAGUGAAUGAAUCAGAUAAUCUGGUUGUACAACGAGAACCUGAAGAAGAGAGUGAGCUAUUAAAGACUGAAACUGUAGCACCGGAAGAUGAUAGACUAAAAGUGGCAACAGUUGUUGAGGCGUCUGCAGCCCAGCCACAACCCCAACAGCAGGUACUUCCUUCUGCUCGAGUCUAUUUAACUAGUACGUCCAGACAAAACUUGGAGACCAUAGUUGAAGCUAUCAGACACCUGGAAGGUGAUCAUCUAUUUAGUGAUGAUCAUCAAGAUGCUCCAUUAGCAUUAACUAAACAUACAGCUGUCAGCAAUCAAAAGUUACUAAAAGUUGAAAUGAAUCCUUUUCUCCAAUUUCAUAGUGGUUCUCAGACUUCUCAAGGUACAACGGUAGUUACAUCUAACAGCCCUGUAAGACCGUCCAGGCCAGGUGUUAUUGUUGGCAAACAAGCAUCGUGACUUUAUUAAGAGAAAACUAAGUUUAAUUUUGUUAAGAAUAAUAAAAAGAAAAAAAAAAGGAGAGAUUGUAUGCUUAUGUUACCACCAAAUUUCCUUUUUAUUAAAAAGUAUUCUUUUUAAAAUUUUGUAUAACUUAAAUUUUUACCUUAGUGACAUUUCUUUUUUCAG